CGAAAAGCAACAUAAUCCAAAAAAAAAAAAAAACCCAAAACCUCAGAGAAGGCAAAAACCCUACAAAGUUCCAUUAAUCCUAGUUUUUCAGAUUCACUUCAUCUUCUUCUUUGUUGUUGUAGUUGUUUUUAAAGGUUGUUUCUGAGCUUGUUAUUACCAGGAAUGAGAAUUGCUCGAGUUCUGUUGGGUUCACUGGAAGGUGGCUUAUCGCGCCCACGUCAACUUCUCCAAAGUGUCAGAUUUCUCUCAACAGGAAAUGGGUUUGAUGGGCAGCAGCCAAAUUCCAAUUCAUAUGAGUCAGCUGAUGAAUUUGAACGGAGGAUUUUUGGUGGGUAUUCUGGGGAUAGUUUAAAAGCUCAAUCUUUUUACGAAAAGCUCGAUAAACUUGGGAGGGCACGUAACCGUUAUAGUCCUAGAGUGGGUGGUGAAGAUGGGCCAUUUUCGUCAUUGGAUGACUUGGAUGAGAGUUUCAAUACGUUAUCAGAUGGAAUGGAUUGGAAAUUGAAGGAAGCAGCCACUUAUUUUGAGUUUGAUAUGGAUGAAAUUGAGAGGGAAGAUUAUGCUUUUAGACCAGAUGCUAACUUUCCGCCUGGAACGACAUAUGAAACUAGGGAUCUUGAUCUUAGAAGGCCAGGAAUACGUAAACCUGUCAGAAUGCCCACAUUUGAAGUAACUACAGAGGAAGUUCUGCGAAAAGCUGAUUUCAGGAAUGUUAGAUUCCUGGCAAACUUCUUAACAGAGGGUGGAAUUAUUAUCAAGAGGAGCUCGACUGGUAUUAGUGCCAAGGCGCAGAGGAAGGUUGCCAGGGAGAUCAAGACUGCCAGAGCUUUUGGUCUGAUGCCUUUUACGACAAUGGGGACAAAGUCGUUUGUUUUUGGAAGAACUAUGGAAAAUCUUGAUGAGGAUUAUCAAUACGAGACUUUUGAUAAUAGCAUGACAGCCGAUGCAGACGAAAAAGAUCCUUUUGAAGGCUAAGCUUGGGCUGAAAUCUGAGUCUGAAUAGUUUCAUUUCCUCGUAUCCUACUAUUUGGGGCAAGUCCCAUGUCAGCUUACUGUAGCUGAAAUUGGAAUCGAAAUAAGAUAUAAUUAAUGCAAUUAAGGCUGCUCAUACCUUAGCAUUUCUGGUGUAUGGUCAAAGUAUACACUGCAUUUACAAUCAGAUUAGUUGGUUUGAUUAAUCGAGGACGUUAGAAAUUACAUUAUUCUAUCAAGGGAACAGUUGUGUUUCUUUAGACUUCACGGAUUAAUGAAAACCUUGUCGUUUCUGGAUUGA